AUGGCGUCCGAGGCCGACCAGGCCAUCGACGGCCUCCUCGAGCGCUACCUCGUGCUCGUGGACCAAUACGCGGCCCUGCGCGCCUCCCUCAGCGCGGCGCAGCAGCGCACAUUCCAUGCGCUUGCCCGGGCGCGCUUCACCGUGGACCGCGGCGGCGGCGUUGGCCGCAACCAGUACGACGAGCGGAUGCAGGCGUCGCGGCGCGUCGUCGUUUCGCGGCCGGCCGCGGCGCCGCCCACGUUUGCAGUGACCGCCGAGGGGCACAACGCGGCGGGGAACAACCCCCUUCGCUGGUUCGGCGUGCUCGUGCCGCAGGCGCUGCGCGACGCCCAGAGCGAGGCGGUGCGCACCGUCGAGGACAUCCUGCCGAGACUGGCGAGCGUGCAGGCCGGGAUGGCGCAGGUGGAGAUUGAGGUGCGCAGGGCGAGGAAGAGGCGCGCAAAGGCUAUUUCUAAUAGGGAUCUUACUCAUACAAACAAGAACUCAGGAUCAGGGCAUAACGGAUAG